UGAGAGUGUGGAGAAGAGAGUUAGGAUUGGGUCCCCGUUUAUAGUCGGGGGGCAGAUAGUUUUCGAAGGAGGCUUUGUGGACCACGAUCUCCUUCACCGACAAUUCGAAGCAACACGACUGGUGCUUUGGUGCAGGAGACAGGAUGCUGCUGAGAGGUCGAAAGGGGCUCCGUCGGCUGGCGACAACAACAGCAGCAACAGCAACCACCACCACCACCCGAGCAAUAUCGCUACUGGACCUGCACAUCGCACGGGGGUUCUCCGGGUCGGCUAAAUCAAGCAGCAACAAGGCCAAUGCCAAUGGCGGAGGCCAAGCCCGAGGAGGAGGAGGAGGAGUUGCUCACAAGCAAAGGCAAAAGCGACCGGGAGCAGGCAAGAACGGAGCGGGGGGGGCGGCAGGUGGGCGGGCGACCAAGGGGGGGUCGUCCGGGCUCUGGAUGAGACGCCACCUCAAGGACCCUUACGUGUCGGCGGCAGUCGAAGCGGGCGCUCCCUCCCGCGCGGCCUUCAAGCUGGUUGAGAUCAACGACAGGCACGGGGUACUAUCGGCGGGAGACCGGCGUGGGGGGGAGGCGGUGGUGGUGGCAGUGGAUUUGCUUGACAUGGAGGCGGACUUGCCUGGGGUACAGGCGAUCCGCGGAGACUUUCGUGACGCAGAGGUCGAGUCGAGGAUCUUUAGCCUAUUGUCGGCGAGGGAGCGGCUACAACCGGCGCCCGGAAACGAGCGUCCGAAGCUGGACGAGCAGCGGGUGUUACCCCUGCAACCACCCGAGGUCACGGCGGCGGAGAGCGGAAAAGAACGAGCCGAUCUUCGUCGCGACGACACGAAGCUUCGCAGCAGCGAUGGUUACGGCGUCGACGAUGGUAGCGCUAGCGACGGCGUUGGCGAGGAGGAUGCGUUUCUUCUGCGGGGAACGUCGGCCUCUAGGACGCUGCUCCCGCGGCCCGAGCAGCCUUCGACGGACAGCCUCGAACACUUGUUCCUCGCGGGAGGAGGAAACCGAGACCCCGCGACGGCGGCGGCGAAGAGAAACGCGGCCGACGGGCUGCCACCGCCACCUGAUCACCGCCACGGGGACGCCCCCGCCGCCGCCGGGAAACGCCCCCAGCUGCAACCCCCCCCCCGUCGUCGUGACCCGCCGCCGCCGACCCGUGCCAGCGUCGUGCUGUCGGACAUGGCACCGUCGUUCUCCGGAGAUCGAGACACGGACCAAGGGAGGGUCGCGGCGCUUGUACUUGACGCCCUAGCGGCGUGCCUAGGGGAUGAGGCGUCGAGGCGGAGUGAGCCGCCGAGAAAAGGGGCGGGAGAGCGGGGGCGGAAUUCCGUCGACCCGCUGGGCGGAGGAGAAGGGAGCGGUGCUGUUCGUCUUGGUGGAGAUGUUGCUGGAGGGGAAAAAGCUGCGCGAAUGCGACGGGAGGAGGGAAACGAGGUGGGGGCUACUACCGGAGGAACCUUGUCUUCGGACGUGGGAGUGUCGAGCAACGGCGGUACCGCUGCAGAAACACCCGUGUCUUCAUCACGCAAACACGCGGUUGGAGGGAGAGAUGAGUGGGGGGGGAUUGAGGGAGAAGGGCCAGGGCUACUGGCGCGCGGAGGAACGUUCCUGGGAAAGUUCUUCGCCGGGAGGGACGAGCGGGAGGUGAAGGAAGAAGCCGAGAGGCUGUUUGAAAGGGUGAAGGUAGUCAAGCCCCCCGCUUCCCGCUCCGGUUCCGGAGAGAUGUACCUCCUAGCCACCGGGUUCUUGUUGGGUGGACGGAAGACGUAAAGUCCGUUCCGAAACCCCGGCCGAGGGACUUGCGUAUUUUCUUGCGUGGCUGUGUGCCUUUGUUCUGUA